AUGGAUCCCGAAUUGAAAGAUAUGUAUCAGGAUAUCAUUGAAAAGCAGAACAAGUUGAUAAAAGAGUUGAAAGAAACGACAUUUGGAGGAAAUGUAGAAAAAGCAGAAACUCAACGAACCCAUGAAAUACAGAAACCAUCUGAAGAGGAGGAAACAUUAAAGUCUUCCGCAGAGAAGUCUGAGAAGCUAAAACAAGACCCUGGAAUACUGGACAUGAUAAAACAUCUGCGAAAAUGUCUAGCAAUUGUACGUGCUGUUACCCAAGAUAAAUCCACACAAAAGCUAACCGUAAUUUUAGAAAACAUAGAGAGAAUUGCUGGCCAUUCGCAUGGAAAGGAAAUUCCUCUAAAAUUUAUCUCUGACAUCAAAGUCCUAAGAGAUAUUAUAGGCAGAAAUAUGGAAGGCACACUUGGAGGCUUUGUUUCAUUCGAUAAUGGAGCUAGUCAGGAGCUUGGUUUUAUCACUGCUGCUCACAUACUCUUUGAUCAGCACCAAACGUCCGACAUAGAAAUUGUUCAACCAAGUUACGGAGUUCAGAAUGAAAAUAACGUCUGUGGUGUACACAUUAGAUCUGUAUUUCCUACACAACAGGAUAAGUACGGUGUAUCAGUUGAUGCAUCUUUAAUAAAACUCACAAAGCGUUUUCCUGACAGGGGUACAUUUUCUGGGUAUACAGUUGUAGAUUUACUCGAAUUAGGUUUUAGCAAAGAAAAGCCACCAGAAUAUGAUACGGAUGAAAUUAGAGACUAUCGAGGCAACAAAAUAUGGACUGAAAGACGUAAUCGAUGCUGUAAAAGUGGACAGUCAUCUCAAUUUACCCAAGGAUGUUUAAAACUUAACGGAUUUUCCGGUAAAUAUCUUGAAUCAAUAGAACUACUCAGCAAUCCUUCUGCAUCCUCGGGAUUUUACUAUUACUCACAAUUAGAAAUCAACCAUAUCAAAGGAUUGAAGGAUUUUGCUCAGCCAGGGGACUCAGGAGCAUUAGUGUUUCAAAUCGAUUCUCAGGAAUGUGAUAAAGAUGACAAACUUGUAUGCAUUGGAAUGGUUGUGGGGGGAACAUCAAUCGAUACCACUGUUGUUACUCCAAUUGCUUCUGUUUUGGAAGAGCUAAAUGUCAAAUUGUUACCACUGAAAUCGGAAGCAAUGGAAAUCUGAUUUUUAGAAUUUCCAUUCUCA